AUGGCUGACCUUUCUGGUCUUCCCUUUCCACCAUCAGAACUCAGUUGGGACAAGCUGGGUGAUGUGAUGAAACACAUGAAGUUGGGCAAAUCACAGGCUUGUACAGUGCUGAAUCUGGUACUGGGUGCCCCAAGCGCUGAAGACAAGGAAACGAUCGACGCUAUCGAGGAUGACACCGUUGAACCGCGGAAGGGGAAGGCGAAGGCUGCGGCGAAAGCUAAGGCAAAGAACCGUACCAAAGUCCCCAAAAGUAAGGCGGCGAAGGCGAAGUCGGGUGCUAGUGAUUCGACUCGUCCGAAGGGUAAGUCCAAGGAGCCCAAUGAGCCCAAGGAGACCAAGGAGCCCAAGGAGUCCAAGGAGCCCAGGAAGCCCAAGGAGUCCAAGGAACCCAAGCCCAAGGAGCCCAAGGAGCCCAAGGUGAAGUCUAAGGGGAAGCCCAAGUUGAAGAACAAGUCGAAGAGCAAGAAUGCCAAGGUAAAAAAACAUGUUCUCAAAAGACCUGCCAGCAAGAAGACUAUCGAACUUGAAGAUUGGGAAGAACAGGGCGAAGAGGAACCCCAUACCGAGGAUCAAGAGGUUGUCCCGGAACCACCCCGAAAGCGUAGAGCACCACUUGCUGAUCCUGAGCUCGGUGAUGAUGUGGAGCUUCCAGCACCCUCUCCAAUGGACCAUACUGGAGAGGAACACAUGGCUGAGACUGCAGAAGAUGAACCCAAGCCUGCAGAAGCUGCUGCGCCCCAGGAUGUUGAGUGUGAGAUGGAAGUGGGCAAGGACCUUGACAAGUCAUCCAGCCCACCUGAGACCAUGCCUGGGACCUUGAAUGCUGAACCUGUUCCUGGUGACAUGUCCUUCCCUUUGCAGGAUUCGCAGGGGACGCUUUUGUCGGGUGCGACUUUCCUGGAGGCCUACAAGACGGUUCCCGCCAAUGAGCUGGAUGCCACGGACACCCGAUCUGUUGCUUCAAUGUCCACAAUCCCGCUUGGUGGUGAUGCCUUACAACCCCAUGACCCUGAAUGGCUGAAGCAGCAAAAUGCGGAGCUCCAGCGACAGCUUCGAGAAGCACAUGCCCGUCUUGAUGCCAUGCAUGCACGGCCCGAGCUUCGUCGAACCAAGCUAACUGGGGAAGCGGCUGACAAGCCAUUGUUUGAUGUUGAGGAUCUGGAUGGGGAGCCUUGGACCCCUGCAGAGCAACCUGCCGAACAGGAAGAAGGACCUCAGGAACCCACCCCACCGGAACCUACUCCACCGGAACCUACUCCAUCGGAACCUACUCCACUGGAGCCUACUCCAUCGGAACCUACUCCACCGGAACCUACUCCAUCGGUACCUACUCCAUCGAGUGUGGCUCUUGAGAAAGCAGCACCUGCCAAAGCUCUUGUCGCUCGCAAAGCGACUCUCCCAGGACCAACUUGGCCCUUGGACUCCCAUCCCGACAAUGUCAAGGCUUUCAUGCAGAAGCAUGGCAUGGUGGUGGCUGCUGAACCAAAAGCUUCACCAAAGGCACCGGUACCCACCAGCAAGAACGAUGAUGCAGCAUUGCAAGCUCUGAUGGAUUGUGACGUUCCAUCAAAAUCCGCAUCAGGGUCGCGUGAUGACCCACAGCUGGCUGAGAUGGAGAAGUUUGUCCGUGAGACCAUGGACAGGGGAGUUAUGAAGAUCGCAGACCAGGUGGCCGAAAAGGUGCAGAAAAUCAAUUGGUCAACACACCGCAAGGAAGGCAUGCGGCUUGAUCGAAUGGUGAAUUCGAAUGCCGAAAACUUCCCCACAUGGCAAAGCUUUGGAACGGUUUUGCGUGAAUGGGUUUUGUCUGGGGAAAAUGCUGACAAGAGUGAGAGUGCCAUAGUCUUGCAGCGCCGCAGCCUUCAGCGGAAUGAUGCCAAUGAGGAGUGUUUGACUCUCCAACAAAUGUUUGAGAGGAAGAUCCCCAUUGAGAAAAUCCGCGCUGUGGUGGCCAAAGGGGGUGGCAUACCAGACAAGGACGCACCCAAUGUCGCCAAGCUCACAGCCUAUUGGAUUGAAACGAGCCGAACUCGCUUGAACCGGGAGGACAGGAACCAAACUGCAGAAUUUCGGGGGGCAGCAACGGCUGCUUCGACCUUGGAUUCUCUCGAACUGGGCAAUGCUGGGCCUCUAUCAGCUGUGCAUUCGGACAUCGAGAGCUUGGUAUCUCAGGCUCAGGAGGCUGCUAAUCUUGGCCAGCCGGCAGCAUCAGGAGGUCGUGCUCCCAAGGCAAAGGCAAAGGCAAAAGCAAGAGGAAGAAAGGAGUCAGGUGUGACUGAGGAAAGGCCUACAAAUGAAGAUGAUCUGCGCGCUCUCUUGAGUACUACGCUGAAGAAGGAGAUGACGGCUUGCAACACUAUCGCCCUUGAUUUGCCCAAAGGCCACAAUCUUCGCAAGUCACUGCUGCAGUACAAGCAGCGGUUUGAAGAUGCAGUUGAUGAGUUGAAAGCCAUGAAGUCGAUGGCCAAUCUUCAGAGCCUAGAUUCCGAAGUGCGUGAUGAUGCAACUCGGUUUCAACUUAAGUCACAUACAAAAUUACAUUUGUUCCAGAACAUCAUGUAUAUACAUAUAUGUAUAUAUAUUUACAUGUGUACCACAGCAAUCUUGAUUUCAAGAAAUACGUAUAGGUAG